CUCGCCGUCUACCGUGAGAGAUUGACCGUUCGGUCCAAGACUGAUCUCGUAUGAGAUAACAAUUUGGGAGCCUCGUGGUUCAUUAGAUCCAAGACUGAUAUACAUAUACACACACACACACUCAUACAAGUGACUUUGCGUCACGGUGACAUUAAACAGAGAUCAGGUAGUCUGCGAUCAACUGCUCGUCCAACGUAACCAGGGUAUUCCACUUCGCUUUCGUACACGCCACACGCAAUGUCUCUAUGCGCCAGAUUGGUUGUCGCUAUCAGACGCUGCGCGUCUCUCGACGGUACCCGGCAGGCCAGCAGGUACGUGUCGACUCAUAGCGCCCAAGACAGCGGCGACUCCAUCAAGAAGUCAGUAUUCAUAUCGCAAUCCACGGAUGUGUUCGUCAACUUGGCGUUGGAGCACUGGCUGUAUCGCAACUUUGACUUCUCCAAGCAUCACGUGUUGCUCUUGUGGAGGAACGAUCCCUGCGUGGUUAUCGGCCGCCACCAGAAUCCCUGGCUCGAAUGCAACGUUCAGGCGCUCGAGAAGGCAGACAUUGCAUUGGCGCGCCGAAACAGCGGCGGCGGUACCGUUUACCACGACAACGGCAAUCUCAACCUGACGUUCUUCACCCCGCGCGAGAGAUACAAUCGGCGAUACAAUCUUAACAUUAUCACCAACGCCUUGUUUCGCCAGUGGGGCCUGAAGAGCGUCAUCAACAAACGCGACGAUAUUCUAGUCAACGGAGACUGCAAGAUAUCUGGAACAGCUGCAAAAUGUGGAAGACCGAAUGCUUAUCAUCAUUGCACACUUUUGGUCAACGUGAACAAAGCCAAUCUGAACUCGAUUCUUGAAAAAAAAGAGAAUGGUAUCGUUACAAAUGCGACGUCUUCUGUACGUUCUUCAAUAAAGAACUUGUCCGAUAUAAACCGGAAUAUCCAAAUGGAUAAGCUUUUAUCCGCUGUUGGCUGGGAAUAUUUGCGUACGAAAGCCCUCGUUCUCGAAGACGGAAGAUAUGAUCUGGUUGAACAACAAAAAGGAUUCAAGUAUAUCAAUCCAACUGAGGACUGGUUCCCUGGAAUUGAUAACUUCGUCAAUGAGUUCCGUUCUUGGGAUUGGAAUAUGGGCAAGACGCCGAAAUUUACAGUUACCCGUACGCUCGACUUUCCCGCUCACGACGGUAAAAUAUAUCGUCUGAAUUUGAGCUUGGAGGUGCAGAAUGGCAUCGUGGAAGAAAUCAAAAUGAGUUUGCCUGCUGGUUUAGUAUCGACCGACUUCACCCAAGAUGCGAGCGUGAUUAGUAAUAUUCGCGGCGCGAGAUACGAUCAUGAAGUAACAGAAAACAUAAUCGCCGCGAUUGGCGGUAAGACCGUCACUUUAAACACGACCCAAAGCGUAGAUGAAAACAAUAUGAGGUUUGAUGAGGCUACGCUACAAUGACCCGGAGUCUCGAGCAACCACAAUUCUGCUCCUAGCGUUAUUGUGUUCAAACGAAAAUAAUUAUUGUUAAAAUUAUAUACGUUGUAUUAUACAUGUACAUAUUUAGCAUAUUACGCGCUUAUAAUAUUUUAUACAUAACGCGCGAUAACGUGCAAAAAAUUUUUUUUAAAAAAGUUGUUAUUCAGUAGCAUAUCAACCGUUGCAAUGUUUGAAACAUUGAUUAAGAAUGUUGCAAUAAAAUGCAUAUUAUGCAUAAAUCUCUCGUCAUUGAUAUUAUCGAGAAAAUGUUAUGCAUUACAUUUUAAUUUUUUAUAUUGUUAUUGAAUUAACUAUUUUAGGAAUAAAAGAAAAUAGAUUUUCUAUAA